AUGUGGCAGGUUAACUUCGCUCCUGAGAAGACGCAGGCGAUGGUCAUCUCGUGGUCCCCAGGUACCUCACACGCAGUCUCAGGACAGCUGCGUUUUGGAGGCAAGAGCCUGCCACUCCAGGAAUACAUCAAGAUCCUGGGUGUGUCUGUGGACCGCGGCCUACGCUUCGAUCACCACAUCGCUGUCGUCGCCCGCCAGACCUCUCUCCGAGUCUCUGCCCUGGGAAGGAUGACGAACACCCUCGACCCACGGGGCAUCCUCACGCUAUACAGGACACAGAUACGCCCAUGUAUGGAGUACGGUGCCCUGUCCUGGAUGUCGAGUGCCACCACCCACAUGCAGAGACUGGAAGCUGUGCAGCGGCGAGCCCUGCACUUGGCGGCCACUGACGAGGACCAACAGCACCAUGCACCAGUAACGUCAUUUGGGCACCGCCGGGACGUGUCGGCACUAGUGGUGUGCCACAAAACUCAGGUGCAGAGGGUCCCCUACCUUGACCCCCCCUGA